UUCUACAGCUGCAGUUAACAAGGCUGCCUUCACUUAGAUGGCCCAAAUGACACGUCUGCAUUCUGGAUGUGCUCAGCCCGCAGCCUGCAUGCUUUCCUCUCUCAGAUGCAAAGGAAUCUUUCCUCCUCCAUGAAGAUACCCCGUCAGACAUUCUCUGCACAUCCAAAUUUGCUUUUGAAGUUUGGUGCUUAGUGGUAUAUGAGAGGCUGAGAAACUCAGAGAAACGGUGCAUUGAGCAUCAGAUGCUGCAUUCAUGGAGAAUUACACCUCUUCCAGAGAGAGCCCCGCUGCCUGGACGCACUACAGCAAACCAGCUAAAAGAUACACUCUUACAUGCUGGAAAAGAUUGCGUGAACUGAUGGGGUAGGACAAGAGCUACAAAGUCGUCUUGAACAGAGAGCGAGGAAGAGGAUGACAACGAGAUGGAAGUUGAAGACCAGGAUGGUAAAGAAGCCGAAAAGCCAAACAUGAUUAAUUUUGACACCAGUUUGCCAACAUCACACGUGUAUUUAGGUUCUGAUAUGGAAGAGUUUCACGGGAGAACACUGCACGAUGAUGACAGCUGUCAGGUGAUUCCAGUGUUGCCCCACGUGAUGGUGAUGUUGAUUCCUGGACAGACGUUACCUCUUCAGCUUUUUCACCCCCAAGAGGUUAGCAUGGUGCGGAAUUUAAUUCAGAAAGACAGAACAUUUGCUGUUCUUGCAUACAGUAAUGUACGUGAAAGGGAAGCACAUUUUGGAACAACAGCAGAAAUAUAUGCCUACAGAGAAGAGCAGGAAUAUGGAAUUGAAACAGUCAAAGUAAAAGCAAUAGGAAGACAGAGAUUCAAGGUGCUUGAAAUACGAACCCAGUCAGACGGAAUCCAACAGGCUAAAGUACAAAUCCUUCCUGAGCGAGUGCUGCCUUCAGCAAUGGCAGCAGUACAGCUGCAGUCUCUCAGCCGACGUCACGUAUUUCCUUCUUCAAAACCCACAGCGUGGCAGGAUCGAGCUUUCCGUCAGUGGUGGCAGAAGUAUCAGAAGAGGAAGUUUUACUGUGCCAGUCUGACGUCUUGGCCUCCCUGGCUUUACUCUCUGUAUGAUGCUGAAACCUUGAUGGAAAGAGUCAAGAGGCAGCUACACGAAUGGGAUGAAAAUCUUAAAGACGAGUCUCUUCCAACAAACCCGAUAGAUUUUUCUUACAGAGUUGCUGCUUGCCUGCCAAUUGAUGAUGCCUUACGCAUACAGUUGCUUAAAAUAGGUAGUGCUAUUCAGCGACUGCGGUGUGAAUUAGAUAUUAUGAACAAAUGUACAUCUCUCUGUUGUAAGCAAUGCCAAGAUACAGAAAUAACAACCAAGAAUGAAAUAUUCAGUUUAUCCUUAUGUGGACCCAUGGCAGCGUAUGUGAAUCCUCAUGGUUACAUCCAUGAAACCCUUACUGUAUAUAAAGCCUGCAAUUUGAAUCUCAGUGGACGACCAUCAACAGAACACAGCUGGUUUCCUGGGUACGCCUGGACUAUAGCACAGUGCAGAAUCUGUGGGAACCAUAUGGGCUGGAAGUUCACAGCUACCAAAAAGGAUAUGUCACCACAGAAAUUCUGGGGAUUGACACGGUCUGCUCUCCUGCCUCGGAUUCCAGAAGCAGAGGACGAGUUGGGCCACGACAGAUCUCCAUUACUCUGCCUGUAAUCCAGUACC